UUCUCUGGUAGCCAUUUUCACAGUGAUUAGUGUUCUUAUUAACGAAGGUGAACUUUUAUCAUCAACACGCUCUAUCGUUUUUGUUGGUGUACCGUUCGUGCGACUACCACUGUUUCUGUCUUUUUGUGCGCAUUAUUCUUUGAUCUGCUAAGGGACUAGCCACGAUGUCCACCUGUCCGAUCGUUUUCAAUGUCGUCAAAUCACUUUUUUUAAUUCUCAAAGACUGCAGUUGCGCUUGCAGGCACCAGUAUUCUCGAACUAGUUUCGGAAACCUCCUGCAUUUCCGUGUGCUAUUGAAGCCCACUCUGUUUCUGUUACUGCUUCUGACCUGCAGCUACAGGCUCAUUGCAUGGCAAAACGUGACCCCGGGUUCCUGCAGCCCCGCGAAGAACAUCGUAUUCCUGAAGACCCACCAGUGCGCCGGUUCAACAGUGCAGAACAUUCUACUGAGGUACGGCCACAGCCGGGAACUGUGGUUUGCUGUUCCGGCGAGCGAUAUUUAUCUGGGCUACCCACGCCCCUUCCACCGGUCCAUGGUGCCGACCAGGCACGACAUGGAGUACAACAUCCUCGCUCACCACAGCCGCUAUUCGAACCGCAGCGAGUACACCAGCGUCGUCUCCGGGAACGCCUUCUUCGUCACCAUUCUGCGAUCCCCUGAUGCCGCGUUUGAGUCGUUGGCUUCGUAUCUCAAGUCGACCAGUGACAUUCACAUUGACGAUUUUCAAGACACUCAUAACAUGGCAUAUUUCGAACUGUAUCUGUCCGGUCAACGAAUCGGGCCUCGAGGAUUCGGGGUCAAUCAGAUGGCCUUUGAUUUGGGUUAUGACGUUUACACACCCAACAACGCAAGAGCCAUCGCCGAGUUCAUAGCACGAAUCGACGGCAACAUGGACCUAGUGAUGAUCGCCGAUAUGUUCGACGAAUCCCUGAUCCUGCUGAAAGAGGCCCUAUGCUGGACGUUGGACGACGUGAUAGCCUUCCAGCGGAACACCAGACCAGCCAUCAAGGCUUCGGCACACCGACUACCGGAAAACGUUCGAAAAGUCAUUCUCACCGCAAACUUCAUCGACUACGCCCUAUACAGACACUUCAAAGGCCGACUCGAAGCAGAAAUCGAACACCUUGGUCGAGAACGUGUCAUGGCGCAAGUUGGCGAACUUCGACGCAAGCGCCUCGAAUGGUACGCCGAUUGCGUAGAGUCUGAAGAAGCCGCUCCGAAUAUCUACCCUCCUGACAUGGUCCACCGGAACGACGUCUUGGCAUUCAAGAUCAAGAACCCGCCGAGUCGGGAUCCUGCCCUGUGUCGGAUGCUGACGUACAACGAACUGCAGUUCACUGACGUGAUUCGCCGAAGGCAACUGCUGGACCUGUCUGUGCUUUAUUUCUUGCCCGCCUCGGGAUGUGGAAGGAUGUGCUUCAGUGUGGUAUGCGCCGUGCUCACUUUCUGCGCCGUGUUCUGGGUGCAGAUGAUUUGGGGUCCCAACUAAGUUUUCAUUUGUCAUAGUAUCGAUUCACUGUAGUUUUCGUCACAGAACGAAAUAGACCACUUCUUGACUA